GUCAGCGCCAUCUUUAAUUCCAAACAUUUACAAUUUAAUGGUACUCACAGUGGGAAUCGAACACACAAAAUGCCGGGACUUGAAUCCGCGGGGCUAGGAGUUGAACCUAGAACUUCGGAUUAUGAGCCCGAAAUGAUAACCAUUUCAAACACCCCGCGACUU